GUAAACAGAGACGUCAGCUAGAAGUUUUGUGGUGUCCAAAACAAAAGGGAAAGUGACAUUUACUUCACGGAACCGGCAUAGAGAGUGCCAGAGCCGGACGGGCGAGCACAGGGGGCUGCCGGCCGCGGCGCGGGGCUAGACCGCCUCACCGGCGUGUGGUGACAGCAGCAGGAAAGGCGGCAGGGAGCGCUCACCGUGUCCGCGCAGGCAGCAUGGCGUGUGCGGGCUGAACGACCCCGGUGUGUGCACAGCUGAAGACCCGCCAGCCCCCGAGGCCUCCGCCAUGGAGGGAACUGACGCGACUCCCGUGGACAUUGAUCCCGACUUCGAGCCUCAGUCCAGACCUAGGUCCUGCACAUGGCCCCUUCCCAGGCCCGAGCUGUCAGUAGUGCAGCCCGCCACCCCCGCCGAGGAGGGCCGAGCAGAGCCCCCGGAUGGCCCUUCUCUCGUGCCUGCCGAGGACAGAGGCCUUUCUGACGGCCUGGUGGGGGCAGGAGUGACUCCCAGGAAAGGGGGGUCUCGGAGGAACGCCUGGGGCAACCAGUCCUAUGCAGAACUCAUCAGCCAGGCCAUCGAGAGCUCCCCCGAGAAGCGCCUCACCCUGUCCCAGAUCUACGAGUGGAUGGUGAAGACGAUCCCCUACUUCAAAGACAAGGGAGACAGCAACAGUUCCGCGGGCUGGAAGAAUUCAAUCCGUCAUAACCUGUCUCUGCACAGCAAGUUUAUUAAGGUUCACAAUGAGGCAACUGGUAAAAGCUCUUGGUGGAUGUUGAACCCAGAGGGUGGAAAAAGUGGUAAAGCACCACGUAGAAGAGCCGCAUCCAUGGACAACAGCAGUAAGCUGGCAAAAGUGCGAAGUAAAGUUUCUAAGAAAAAAGCCCAAGGUCCUGGAGAAUCAACUGCAGGAAGCCCUGGUUCACAGCCCCCAAAAUGGCCUGGCAGUCCUUCUUCACGCAGUGGAGAUGAUACUGAUGUGUGGACCAGUUUUCGACCACGAACAGGUUCAAAUGCUAGUAAUAUUAGUGUUCGCCUAUCCCCUAUUUUGACAGAACCUGAUGAUGUUGCUGAUGAAGAGCUACACUCUUCACUUAGCUUCUCAAACAGUGUACCCCCUACUGUCUCUGAGGAAUUGGAGCUUAUUGAUAGCUUAACCAUGUUGUCUUCAGGAGCACCACUACAAGGAGCCCCCAAUUUCUCAAUACAUUCACCUCAAACUCUGUCUUUUGGUAACUCUCUGUUUGGUCCACCUGAUGCUUCCCCUGUGCGGGGUCCUUCUGGACUCUUUCAACGACCUCAGACUCUGGAAGCCCUUUUAACUUCUGAUUCUCCUCCGCCUAGUAAUGUUAUGAUGACACAGGUUGAUCCUGUCCUGGGACAGAGCGGAGGACAAAAUCUACUUAUGUUGGGUGGUCAGAGUAAAGGUAGGACGCCUGAGCAACCAACUAUUUCUCUCAAUGCUUUGGUGCCUCCUAAUGUUCUAUCAAUGAUGGGGCCUCCUCCAGCCACUUCUAUGCAAUCCCCUAAACCAAAUUCCUUUGGUGCAACUUCAGAACGUCUUCCCACAGAUUUGGACAUGGACAUGAUCCUUGAAAAUUUGGAAUGUGACAUGGAAUACAUAAUUAACAAUGAGUUGAUGGAUGAAGGUGGGCUUGAUUUCAACUUUGAGCCCAUACAUCCUGGCACCAACCAGAACAACAACCAUAGCUGGGUACCCAGUUAAGGAGAGAUGCAGCGGGAGGCUUCGCUUUUUUCUUUUUUAUGGAUCCAGUGAAGAGUUUUGGCGUCAUGGAUACAGUGUGUGGACUUGGCAAGACCUUUGACUGAGUUCUCCAGCCAAUAGCACUAUAUAAUGCCUCAGUAUAGCACUAUACACAUGUAUACCUGGGUUCAAAUAGAGAUAAGCUGACAUGCAUUGCAUAUGCUAUGCAUUGAGAACGUACUCCACCCUGAGGUUGCAAGAAUAGAAUUACCAGAAACUGAUAUCAUAAUGCAGCAUAAACAUAUGUUUGCAAAUGGUUGUGGAAGGAUAGUGGGAUUUUGUGUAUUCUUCUCUAAGAUGAACCAACUUGACAAUUUUUCAGAGUAACUGAACAGGUUAUUGGAAAUUAAUAGGUAUUUCAGAACUAUGACCCUGGUCACUGAGUUUUUGGCCAUAUCAAGUUAAGAAUCGUUUCUCAUGGACUGUACAGUUCUCUAGCAGUUACCCUCCUAUUGUACGCUAUAUGUAAAACUUUGCAUAUAGGUUGUAUUGAGCUGUGUACAGCUGAGGUGCAGGCACCAACCCAAAUGUAGUCUAGCCUAACAAUAUGAAUAUAAGUAAGAAAUGAAUAAUUUUAAUAAAAAAAAAUAAUAAUUUUUAUACUCAUUUUGUAGUCCUCAGAAGAGGGUACUUUGUACCCUUUUAAAACACUAAAGAUGCAGAUGUGGAAAAAAAGGGUCAAAUUGUCCAGUCACCAUAUACCUUUUAUUACAGCAUUAUCUUUAGCUUGAUUGUCUUUGCUUAGCCAUUUAGCUUGACCUAUUUCAUAUGGGUUUUCCAGGUGUUUAAUAUUAAUGACCUGUCAUCAGUACCUGAUUGCUGGGUGUCCGACACCAGGCACCUCUGCUGUUUGAACAGGCAACAGUGCUCAACCACAGCACCGUCCAUAGCAGCUGUGCUUAGUAUUGCAGCUCAACCCCAUUCACUUGAAUGAACUGAGCUGUUCUGAGGCCAUGUGACUAGUGAACAUAACCUCACUGGCCUAGGAAGAGGCUGGGGUGCUCACGGAGUAAUGUGGCCUCUUCAGACAGCUGAUUAGCAAGGGUGCCGGUAGUUUGACCCCCACCAAAAAGAUAUUGAUGACCUCUCCUGAGGAUAGGUCAUCAAUAUUACACACGUGACACAUACUGUAAAUACCGUAUUUUAUUUCUUAAAGUCAUCAAUAUCAGAUAAGUGGGGGUAUGAAUCCCGGCACCUCGAGCACUAAUGCACCCGCUUCAUUGUUUACAGCUUCGUACUUUUGUAUUGCCUGGUAUUGCUACUAAAUUCUGUGCACUUGAAUGGGACAAAGCUACAGUGAGUUGCAAUGCCAUGUACAGCCAUUAUCAAAAUACACUGCUCAGCCAAUCAGCUUAUUGGUGCGGGUGUCGGUAGUCAGGCACCUGAUGACCUGCUAUUGAUGGCCUAUUCUCCGAAAACCCCUUUAAGUCCAGAGACAUUUAAAAUGAGCCACAUGGUUAUAUUUUUAUAGAUACUAAUUAUUGAUAUUUUCUUUAUGGUUUGGCUCCAUGGUGUCUAGAUAGGGCUAUUUUUGUAUUGUCCUAUUUUAUGGGAGCUCCAACAUAUACAUUGCCAAUAGUUGUUCUCCCAGGAUUUGACUCUUUUUCAAUACCAGAUUAAAAAUCUAUUUUUUCAAAAGCCGCCUUCUAUUCAGAACUGCCUUACAUGUACCCCAAAGAAAUGAAAAGGGCUCUCAUGACACCACAAGAGAUUUCCUUUACUCCAGGUGUCAUGUUUUUAUAGUAUAUACUAUGAUAUCCAUGCCAGGAUCCUAUUUUUUAUUUUUUUAAAUAUUUUUGCUUUAAUGUAUGUUUUAAAACUAUGGGUACUCAUAUUUAAGUGGUUAUCCCUUUAAAAUGUCCAAUCCAAUGCUAGAUUUAUUUACUGAGUCUAGUAGCAACCUCUGUUAAUUGCUAUAGCAGAUCAGCCUGUUUUGCUUUUUAAGUUGUUUUUAUUAUUUUCGUACUCAGCAACAUUUCUGAAC